CUAAAAAUCGGGUUAGCGGGCAAAUCAGAAACCCUUGUUUCGAUCCCAAAAAACCCCGACAUCUUCUUCUCUUCCGCUUCCCCUCGCCAUUUUGCAGAAACGACGAACAGUUCUCAGAGACGUUGCUUAGCCAUGGCGAGCGCUGAUGUAGAGGCUGUUGACUUCGAGCCCGAGGAAGACGACCUCAUGGACGAGGAUGGAGCCGCCGAAGCCGAUGCCUCCCCUCUAGCUCCUUUUCCUAAGCUCAAAUCCGCCAUUACCGGUGGCGCAUCUUCCUCGCUGGCUGGUGGUCCGAAGAAGACCAAGGGUCGUGGAUUUCGACAAGAGUCUGAUCGUAAUACCCGCCUUACUGGGUCCGACUUCGAUUCCCUCAAGUCUGCUGAUGGCCCUGGUCCCCAACGAUCUAUUGAAGGAUGGAUCAUUCUGGUAACUGGUGUACAUGAAGAGGCACAGGAGGAUGAUCUACAAAAUGCAUUUGGUGAGUUUGGGGAGAUAAGGAAUUUGCAUCUAAACCUCGAUCGUCGUACUGGAUUCGUCAAGGGAUAUGCGUUGAUCGAAUACGAGAACUUUGAGGAAGCAGAGAAAGCAAUAUCUGCCAUGGAUGGGUCUGAACUUCUGACCCAAAUUAUCAAUGUUGAUUGGGCAUUCAGCCAUGGACCCAUCAGGAGGAAGAACACAAGGCCUACUCGGGAACGACGUUCAAGGAGUCCUAGGAGGAGAUAUUAGUCUUGAGGUGAAGAACUUCAUGUGUGGUGUUUAUGGAUUUUAAUUGGAAGUGAGUUUUUCUUGUGGAAUGGAUUAGAAGAUGUUUCUACUGAGCUCUACUCGUUGUCUCGAGAUUUCCUCUGGUUUCCAGCCUUUCUUUCUCGGACGUUGUUUUGGGUUGAUUUAUGUAACUUAAAAGAUUUGAGGUUCAUGAUUUUCCUUUUUUCUUCUUUUGAGUACUUGAGGUUUAUGCCUUAAUUGUGUUGAAUAUCUGCUAUAUUAUAUAAUAUUUUUUGUUCCAAAUUUGUCUAUUAA